CCAGUCGCUCACCAACUUUGACCCACCGCAUCACCCCACCCCUUCGCGCCGCACCACGGCACCAGCAUCACACAGGACAGGACCAAGCCCACGCGACCCGCCGACGCGUUGGCGUAACGGUCCAACCAAUGGCCGGGUUCGCGCGCGCCACCGCCCCCGCGUCCCCGUCACCGGCGGCGGCGCUGCUCACCGGCGAGCGCCUCGUGGUCUUCCUCUUCGCGGCCCGCGUGGCACUCGCGGCCCCGGUGCACCUCGCCGCGGCGCUCGCGGUCCUCGUGGCGGCCGCCCUCGCCGUCGAGCUCGCCGUGGACGGCUCCGGCUCCGCCCCGCUUCGCCGCUUCAGGACCAGGCCAGGUGCUUCGUCAGGCAUACUUCUUGGCGCCACUACUCUGCCCAGCGUCAUGCUUUCUCGGUUAAUUCAACUGUCAAGGCUCCUACCAGCUGAUCCUAAUGGACCUAAAGAAUUUGCAUACCUGGAAAUGCAGUACUGGGCAGCAUCAAUCAGCUGUCUCAGUGUGCUAGCUUUAUUCCUUUGGCAUCUACAGAAGUCUCCCAGCAAUGGGAUCUCUAAACAUUUGGAGUACGGCUCAUUGUUUAUAGUUUUAUAUCUCAUGACAUUCUUUUUGUCCUUUCUACUGAAGACUGAUGAAGGCUUGAUGGUAACGACCAAUAUGGCGUAUAUGCUCUGUCAUGGAGUGGCUGCUGUGAUCUUAAUCAAGCAUAUCCUAGAGAAGUUUCCCUCAUGCGCAUCUUUUGGGGAGGCGCUUUUGGUGUCAGGUGGUCUUGUUCUCUACUUUGGUGAUAUGUUGGCACAUACACUUUCAAAGAUGGAGUUCUCCAUGUCAUCAAAAGCAUUCAUUCACACACCUCAAACUAGAAGCGAUAUGACCGCAAUUAUUCAGGGGAUUUUACUUGUCCUUUUUCUACUUCCGUUACUAUACAAGAGUUCUCUUAAAGUUUGGUAUUGCUGGACAAAGGAGAGAAAGCAACAAACACAAACACCUGAGGAACAUAAGCGAAUAAGAAUUGAUUCUGCCAUAUUCUAUAUCUCGUUGGCGGUGGUGUUAAUAUUUUUACUGCCAUCAUGGACACACCUUGUCCAAGGCCUCAAAGUGCAUCCUUUUGUUUGGAUUGUUAACUAUAUGUUCACUGAUUCACAUGAGCGACUUGUUUUAUGUGCAUACUGGAUAUGUGUAAUAUAUGUAUCAGUUAGAAGGUUCUACAGUAUAUCAAAGCAAAGCAAGACAGAGAGGAUUCUUUUGCGCAAGUAUUAUCAUCUUGUCGCUGUUCUCAUUUUCUCUCCUGCAGUUAUAUUUCAGCCUGCUUUCUUGGACUUGGCAUUUGGUGCAGCAUUUGCAGUUUUCUUGAUAUUGGAGAUGUUACGAAUUUGGGAAAUAUACCCUCUUGGACGUGUUGUGCAUCAGUUUAUGAACGCCUUUACUGAUCAUCGUGAUUCUGAGAUUCUUAUUGUCAGCCAUUUUUCACUCUUACUGGGCUGUGCACUUCCGAAAUGGAUGUCAUCUGGAUUAAAUGACCGACCACUUGCCCCUUUUGCCGGAAUUCUCAGCUUGGGGAUAGGUGAUACCAUGGCAUCAAUGAUAGGGUACAAGUAUGGCGUGUUAAGAUGGAGCAAGACAGGAAAGAAAACAAUCGAGGGCACGGCAGCGGGCAUAACAUCGGUGCUAGCAGCCUGCUCGAUCCUGGUGUCACUCUUGGCUUCCAGUGGGUACAUUCUUUCGCAGAAUUGGCUAUCGCUCCUGAUAGCUGUCACAUUGAGCGGGUUAUUGGAGGCAUACACUGCACAGCUGGACAAUGCCUUCAUCCCCCUCGUGUUCUAUAGUCUUCUGUGUCUAUAAGGGUAGCAUCCUGUACAUCUAACUGACCUUGAUAUCCUCUUUUUGUUUACACGCUAUUAGUAUAUACGUAGUGCAAUAUGUUAUUUCGACAUUACUCACUUGGUCUCCUCGGCGCAUCAACUGCCUGGUGAUUCAGUUCAACAGAUCACAUUCUGUGUAACCCUGCCUUUCGGAAGUUGAGAGGACGUGCUCAUGGUUGAGACAGUCGGUACAGGCAUAUGACCAGAAGUAGAAAAAUAAAAUGUUCUCCAGUCGUUCAGUAGAGGGUGUUUUUGGCGGAGCUGGGCAGUUGGAUGCUGUACAUAAAGUUUUUUUUAUAUGAACCUGUUGACUGUUGUUGGGACGAACAGUAUUGAAACAUGCUGUGAUGCUGAUCAAUUUGAUCACUCUAUUUGCUCUUUC